AAGAGGAGAGCUAGAGCUCCGUCGUUGCCGGAGCUUACGAUUGAGGAUUCUGGGCUACGGAGGCUGAGGAGAGACGGGAUGUAUCUGAGGGUGAGGAUUAAUAUACCUAAAGCUGGCCUCACGCAGGCGGUGAUGGAGAAGAUUCAUGAUACUUGGAGGAAAGAGGAGCUUGUGAGGCUUAAGUUCCAUGAGGUGCUUGCUCGUGAUAUGAAGACCGGCUCAUGAGAUUGUUGAGCGUCGAACUGGUGGAAUGGUGAUAUGGAGAGCAGGAAGUGUAAUGGUGGUUUACCGUGGACGUGACUAUCAAGGACCUUCUGCAGUCUUUAACCAAAUGGCCAGACCUGAAGAACACUAUCAAGGACCUUCAGCAGGAAGUGUGCUGGUGUAUUCUUAUGUAACAGUAGAUGAAUUGAUGUGUUUCUUUAGUGUCAUUUCAUGAUAUCUUUAGAUAUGAAGAUAGGUUGGUUGAUGUUCUUGAAAACAUGGCGUUUUAAGGUGUAUUGGUUUGAGUUUUUGCAGCUGAUGAGAGAAGAUGAGGCAACCCUUGGUAAAAUAACUAAGCCUAGGCGUCCCAAGACUGUUGUUCUGUGUCCCACCAGAGAACUCUCUGAGCAGGAUGACCAUAACACUGGAGAUCAUGAGGCAUAUGCCUGAGCAUCCCAACGUUGUUACCUUGAGGGAGACUUAUGAGGAUGAGCAUGCUGUGCAUUUGGGUAUGGAGCUUUGUGAAGGUGUUGAGUUGUUUGAUAGGAAUGUGGCGAGAGGGCAUUACACUGAGAGAGCUGCUGCUGUUGUCACUAAGACCAUCAUGGCAGUUGUUCAGGGAUGAGCUGGGUCGCUUUGUUUCUAAUAAAGGCAAUGAAUCUGUUCUCAAGAACUUUUGGCAUCAUACAGAUGCUAUCAUCUGCUGCUCAAUGAAGGCCAUGCCAGUCUUCACAUUUGCAAACCAGGCGGGGCUAGACAUGCUUGAGACAACAUUGGUUUCUCUUCAAGAUAUCUCUUUAGAGAAGAUAUUUGAUGACAAUGGAAGGAAGACUCUCUGCUCUGAGUUCCCACAGAUCAUGCAACAGGUUUUUUAACAACGUUCUGGUAUGAUUCGUGUAUGU